UUUUUUCCGUUGUGUGCAGAGCAAUAAACCACUGUGCAAUUAAUCGUGCAGUUAUUAGAUUAUUUGCGAGUUCUGUAUUGUGGUUACAGACAAGUAACAACUCCUAGAAAUAGAAAUUCAAACAAAAGUUUACUAUUCAGGUAGAUUAGAUUCAGUAGCUUUAUUUGUAAGUCAUUAAACAAUUCAAGCUAAUAGCUACUUAAGUAGGUAAUUACUAGGUACUUAAUCAUGCACAAACAUUUUAUAAUUUUAUUGAAGAGGGCACUUGCUUUUUUCUAUUUUUGGCCCUUCACCGAAGAUUUUGGUUCAGAUCGUAUCAACAUUCGCCAUAUUAGCGGCUGUCCUAUUAAAAUAAGGAGGUUUUGAUUUAUCGUUUUAUUCUAGGAUGGAGGCAACAAAUCUGGCCUUGUCUCCGCGGGAGACACUCAAGCCUCGCGACCAUAAGGUCAUGCAGCUUAACAGCAAACCAAACCAAGUGUCAACGGUGCUUCUAUACGGCGUCCCAAUAGUAUCGCUGGUGAUCGAAGGCGUGGAGCGACUCUGUUUGGCGCAAAUCUCGAACACGCUGCUCAAGCAGUUCUCGUAUAACGAGAUUCACAACCGACGGGUGGCGUUGGGGAUUACUUGCGUGCAGUGCACGCCGGUGCAGCUGGAGAUAUUAAGGCGAGCUGGCGCCAUGCCUGUCUCGUCGCGACGCUGUGGCAUGAUAACGAGGAGAGAAGCAGAGAGAUUAUGCAAGUCGUUCCUGGGCGACAACGCGCCACCACGGCUCCCAGACGACUUCGCCUUCGCCGUCCACCACGAGUGCGCCUGGGGCUGCCGGGGCGCCUUCUUACCUGCUAGGUACAAUUCAUCCCGCGCAAAAUGCAUCAAGUGCGCCUACUGUGGCCUGUUCUUCUCGCCCAACAAGUUCAUCUUCCACUCGCACCGCGUGGGCCCCGGCGACAAGUACGUGCAGCCCGACGCCGCCAACUUCAAUUCCUGGCGGCGGCACAUGAAGCUCAGCGGCUCCCCGCCCGACGAGGUCGUGCAUGCCUGGGAAGAUGUCAAGGCUAUGUUCAAUGGCGGGACUAGGAAGAGGAUGCUGUCGGCGGCUAGACGAGUGUCGAUCCGCAGGCCGGAAGCGGAGCCGGGAGAGGCGAAGAGAGCGGCAGCGAGUCCACCGGCACACGCACCAGUGCCAAGGCUGGCAGACUACGUGUGGGGAGCGCGGUUACCCCUGCCUUACGCUCUACCCUGGCUCAAGCCGACGCUGUGGUCGCCAGGAGCAUUGACAGCGUUAAGCAGCGUGGGGUCACUGGAGGAGCCGCGCGCGUUCCGUCCCGUGCGGCGCGAGUCACCCCCGUCACCCGGCAUGUCUUCAAGGUCACCGCUGUCACCAACCAGGUCACCACUAGCGUCGCCAGCGCGAGCCCGUUCCCCGCGCUCACCUCAUCGCUCCCCGCACCGCUCGCCGCACCGCUCACCGCACCGCUCACCGCACUGCUCACCGCACCAGUCACCGCGCAGCAGCGAACGCGACAGCGAUGAGAGCGUGGACAUCGAGACCACCGAGGAAGAUCAGCGAGAUGUGAGUUGCCCCUGGCCAUGCCGAGUGCGCGAGGAGUGGGGAGCCCUAGUCCCCAAGGUGGAACGCGAGGAAGAACCGGAACCCUGGCGGCUGCCGGACCUUCGGCCGCCAGCUCAUUACUUGCCCCCUCCAGAACGAGACGCGUGCGCAGCGUGUGUGGCGCCCCUUCCGCUGCUCCCGCCGGCGCCGGCGCCGCACUAGCGCCUCACCUGACCAUGAAGCAAUAUCAAACCUUAUAGACGGUCAACACUUGGCGGUUUAGCACAUGCGUUCUUGGCGCGCGAGCCCAUACAUCAAGCGCGACUUCAAGUACCUAUGGACACUCGGGCGCGAGCGCAAGUUAUGCUAAACGCCUUGGGGCCUACUGGGCCUAAUAGUCAAUAAAUAAUAUGGGUAUUAGGCCCCAGUUAAUAGCAAGGAAUACGUCUUGUGUUUUGAGGUGCCCCUCUGCAGCCACUGACGCUGAGCACGAAGCAAUAGCAAACCUUAUUAAGCAAAUAAUAAUAUAAUUUGUAUUAUAAUUAUUGUAUAGGCUGUCAACACUAGGGGCCUAGUCAAUAACUAGGACCUAGCGCAAGGAACCUGUCGUGUAUUGUGAGGAGCCCCUCUGCAGUCACUAAGCAGGAAGGGGCCUAGUCAAUAACUGGGGCCUACCUCAAGGAACCUGUCGUGUGUUGUACGCUACUAAGUACGAAGCAAUAUCAAACCUUAUUUAAGCAAGCACUGUCAACAUUAGGGGCCUAGUCAUAGUCACGUAACUGGGACCUACGAAAGUGUUGCGUGUCGACAGACAAACAGUGUGUGGCCUUUUUCGUUGCUCGAUAGUCGGUGAUAAUACCUACUCAUACCUAAUGAUAGCAAGAAAUGUUUUCCAUUCACUGCAUUGGUUUGGUACCUACCUACUCUUUAUAAUUACAUUCAAAAUUUAUUCAUAUGCAAAGUACCUAAAUAAUUAAUAUAGGUAAUUUGUUUGAGACUAUCAAUCAGAUCAGAAUCAUUGGACAAAACACUCUUCACAUGAAAAUACUUAUGACUUCAUUCACUAGAUGGCGCUACUACUAAAUACACUGUUACCAAUGUGUGCAUCUCAUCUUGUAGAAUAAUGUAGAUACUCAUACGAUUAGGAUAUAUGUAAUUAUGUAGAAUUUAGCGUCUAGUACAACACAAGCAAUCCUAUUGAAUUGAAUUCAUCCCACUUGAUGUUAAUCGAUCUAGUCUAUAGACCUAGUCAAUAUUAAUAGAUAAUAUUAUAUUACUCAUUUAAAUUACUUGUAAAUACUUAAAUGUAACAAUUACCACAGAUUAAUAAUAAGUUACUAACGUAUGCAAUUACCUAGAUUAAACUCGCUGUAACUAUAAUAAUGUCUUUGUACAUAUUCUUUAUCUGCGAUAUCAUAGCUAGUAGGUUGAACAAUUGUGUUUUUACUUUUUAGUUAUGAUUAACUCUUAUUACAACAAAUAUAUGGGAAUACUACACUGAUAUAUAACAUAUCUUAAACUUCUUCUGCACGUCGUUUAAAUAUUGGAUGGAUAUAAAAAAUGGGAGUAACAUAAGUGCAAAAUAACGACAAUUCAAUUAUUUUAGCUUACUAACGCCAUCUACUCUAUUUUUCCACGUAACUUUUAGAAAUUACUUCGAAUAGUUACCAAUUUUUUGCCUUAACAAGUUUUAGUAAUGUUAAAUACAUAUCAUUAUGAUCCUUAGUACCUAAUACCGUAGGUAUAUAAGUGUAUAAAAAUAAAUAGUACGAUUUUAACAUUAUGCAUCUACUUAUAUACCUAAAGAACAUAUAUACAUUACAUAUAUACAAUUUCACCUGUAUCCCAUUAAGGGGUAGGCAGAGCACAUGAAACUACUCAGGUUUCAGUGCCACUCUUGGAAUGUACUUACCUAAAGAAGUAAUUAAUUAUUUAAUUUUGUUCUUAUUGUCCCAAAUUGGUGAAAUUGAAACUUGUAAUAUUUCACUUCUAUGUAUAAAAUUAUUAUUAUUCCAUUUAUAGAAAGCUGUAAUGUGU